AUGGGAAGACCCGGCCCCCGAGUCCAGAAGUCCUCAUGGAGGAGCGGCUGGAAGCUGAACGAAAGUCUGCUCGAAGACGAACCACUGCGCGUUCAGAUUAAGGAGCUGAUCGAGAGCAGAAGCAAAGGUAUGGUCAUGGAUGCAGUUAUCUGGGAGGAGCUUAAAGAAGAGAUAAAGCUGGCAGCCUUCAGGUACAGUCCAGAGAGGGCAACACGGGCGAAGACGGCGAAGCGCUUCCUGACACAGACGCUGCGAACCCUGAUAGCGGAAGAAAAUCGGACACCUGGAGUUUUUACGCAAGAUAUCCGGGAGUGCAAAGGCCGUAUUCUUGAGCUCUUAGAAAAGGAGUACCGUGGAGCCAUUAUCCGCAGUAGAAAGUUGUUCUUGGAAAAGGACGAAGAGCCGCAAAAGAUAUUCAAGACAAAGGAGCGGUUGCAUGCUACUCGCAACAGGAUCAAAAAGCUACAGGUUGGCGAGAAUGAGCUAACACAACAAAACGAAAUAGAAGACGCACUUUUGUACGCCUACACCAAUCUUCUUACAGGGGUGGAGGAAAAUCAGGUACACCCAAGAUCCGAAGAAGCGCUCCCAAAGAUCUCGGAAGCCGUCAGAAAACAUAUGAACCGGAAGAUAACGACCUCGGAAGUAAAGAAGGCCAUUAAGGAUCUAACCCCGCGCAAGUCUCCGGGAAUCGAUGGACUUGGUAGCUCCUUCUACAAGGCUUCAACGUUUCCUUUUUUUUUUCGAGAUCAAAAAGAUGCACUCAUAGUUUCUUCUUUUAAAAAUCUGGGAGGGAGAUUCUUAAGGCCAUGGGUAGAGGGUGAGACCGGGAACUCCUGUUCACGUGUUUUGAAGUUUUAUAAGAAAAUAGCGGCAGCGAUUGAGUUUUUCAAAGCACGGUUCUCGGAGGAGUACUUGAAGAAGGUUAAUAGGAAAACUUUAUACUGGGACACCCUAGACUUGCUUACGCCGCCGCCGUUAUAUCGCGUGGUGGAUGGAAGCAAUGUCGAGUCGGAUGUUUUUCAACGGCUGCGAAGAUACCCCGUCAAAACAAGUACCAAAAACUUUUUUGCGCGCUUUCAUUUUGAAGUGUUGCCUGUCAAGACCUGGCGGGUCAAGAUGGGGUUUUUUGAGCCAUGGUCCACUAAUUGUGUAUUGUGUCCGACACCGGAAACUUUACAACAAGUGUUUUUGUGUUGCACCAAUGCGGAACUUUUUUGGGCAGAACACCGAGCGGUCUUGAGGAUCGACCUGUAUGUGGGAUGGAAACGGGCAAAAUUUUUGAAGUUCGGAGAGGGGCCAGAGAGCAGAGCGUGGGAAGUACUAGCCCUCCUUGGCCUCCAUGCAAUAUGGAGAUCGAGGACGGACCACUUAGAAGUAGCGGAGAGAGGAAAGCCCGCCUGGCAGCACUUUGUCGACGGGUUUAAGUACGUCUGCUCUUUGACUGAAGUAACGGAGCAACCUGGUUUAGAGUGCUGGUCGCAAUUGAAUGCAAGAUUGCAAGAGCGAGAACUCACUUCGAGAGGUGAACAUUGAAGCGCCAUGACCCUCGGCGGGCGGCAGCCGCUUUUUUCUGUGGAACAUGUGCCCUUACCUCAUUCAGGACAUAAGCCUAUCGGGGAUUGUGAGGAAGCGAUAGCC